AUGCCGUCCGUAGGUACAUUAGCGUUUGAUGAAUUUGGUCGCCCAGUUUUAAUAUUAAAGGGACAAGAUACAAAGAAACGUUUAUUUGGUAUUGAAGCACAUAAGUCUCAUAUUUUGGCAAGCAGAGCUGUCUCUGAUACACUAAAAACGUCUUUGGGACCCAGAGGUAUGGACAAAUGUAUGGUUUCUCCCGAUGGUGAUAUCACAAUCACAAAUGAUGGUGCAACAAUACUGAAUAUGAUGGAUGUUGAUAAUGAAAUCGGAAAAUUGCUUGUUCAACUAGCAAAAUCGCAAGAUGAUGAAAUUGGUGAUGGAACAACGGGUGUUGUUGUUUUGGCUGGUGCUUUGUUAGAACAAGCUGAAGCAUUACUAGAUAAAGGAAUACAUCCUAUACGUAUUGCUGAUGGUUAUGAACUAGCAGCUAAGGUAGCAUUAGAACAUUUAGAUAAAAUUGCUGAGUCAUAUCCACUCGAUUUAAAAAAUCUUGAGCCAUUAGUGAAUACAGCAAUGACAACGUUAGGCUCUAAAAUCGUUAAUCGCUGUCAACGUCAAAUGGCUGAAAUAGCUGUUAAUGCAAUCAUGUGUGUUGCUGAUAUCGAACGCCGUGAUGUUAAUUUUGAAUUGAUCAAAGUCCAAGGAAAGGUUGGAGGACAAUUACACGAUACAACACUUGUCAAAGGUGUUGUUGUCGACAAAACGUUUUCCCAUCCACAAAUGCCUAAAGAAGUGAAAGAUGCUAAAAUUGCUAUACUCACAUGUCCAUUUGAACCACCAAAACCAAAAACAAAACAUAAAUUGGAUAUAACGAGUGUGGAGGAUUAUAAAAAAUUACGUGAAUAUGAAAAACAAAAGUUUGAAGAAAUGGUCAAAAUGGUAAAAGAUGCUGGCGCUAAUCUUGUUAUCUGUCAAUGGGGUUUUGAUGAUGAAGCUAAUCAUUUGUUACUUCAACAUGAACUUCCAGCCGUACGUUGGGUUGGCGGACCAGAAAUAGAAUUGAUCGCUAUAGCCACUGGUGGUCGUAUUGUACCACGUUUUCAGGAAUUGACGGCAGAUAAACUUGGUCAUGCUGGUAUCAUACGUGAAUUGAGCUUUGGAACAACUUCAGAGCAUAUGUUGUGUAUUGAAGAAUGCAAAAAAUCAAAUACUUGUACGAUAUUUGUGCGCGGUGGAAAUAAAAUGGUUGUGGAAGAAGCAAAACGUGCCUUACAUGAUGCUUUAUGUGUUGUUCGAAAUUUGGUUCGUGAUAAUCGAAUUGUUUAUGGAGGUGGCGCCUGUGAAAUCUCAUGUGCUGUUGCUGUUGCAAAAGCAGCAAAUACGAUCCCAACAAUUGAACAGUAUGCCAUACGUGGAUUUGCUGAUGCUUUAGAAUCUAUACCAUUGGCAUUAGCUGAAAAUAGUGGUUAUUCUCCAAUUAAAACUGUUUCGGAUGUUAAAUCGCAACAGAUAACAGAAAAUAAUCAUUAUUUAGGCAUCGAUUGUCUGAACCGAGGAACUGCAGAUAUGAAAAUUCAAAACGUUAUUGAAACACUUAUCGGUAAACGACAACAAAUUAGUUUAGCAACACAACUUGUUCGUAUGAUUUUAAAAAUUGAUGAUAUUCGUUUACCUGGUGAAGGAGAAGAAUAA